UCCUGCUUCAGCUUCCCUAGUACCUGGGACCACAGAUUUUAAUUUGAUUUGAACAUGAGUAAGUGCAGAAAGCCACCAGUUCAGCAGCUAGCAAGUCUUGAGACAUUCAGCCCAGAUGUUCUUGCUGACAUUUUUGAACUCUUUGCCAAGAAUUUUUCUUAUGGCAAGCCACUUGAUGAUGAGUGGCAGUUACCAGAUCCCAGUGAGAUUUUCGCCUGUGACCACACAGAAUUUAAUGCCUUUCUUGAUUUGAAGCACUCCCUAAAUGAAGUAAAAAACCUACUGAGUGAUAAGAAAUUGGAUGAGUGGCAUGAGCACACUGCUUUCACUAAUAAAGCAGGAAAAAUCAUUUCCCAUGUUAGAAAAUCUAUGAAUGCUGAACUUUGUACUCAAGCAUGGUGUAAGUUCCAUGAGAUUUUGUGUAGCUUUCCACUGAUUCCACAGGAAGCUUUUCAGAAUGGAAAACUGAAUUCGCUACACCUUUGUGAAGCUCCUGGAGCUUUUAUAGCUAGUCUCAAUCACUACUUAAAAUCCCAUAGGUUCCCUUGUGAUUGGAGUUGGGUAGCUAAUACUCUGAAUCCCUACCAUGAAGCCAAUGACAAUCUGACCAUGAUUAUGGAUGACCGGCUUAUUGCAAAUACCUUGCAUUGCUGGUACUUUGGUCCAGAUAACACCGGUGAUAUCAUGACCCAGAAAUACCUGAGUGGACUUCAGAAUUUCGUAAGCAGCAUAGCUACCAUUCACUUGAUCACUGCAGAUGGGAGUUUUGAUUGCCAAGGAAACCCAGGUGAACAAGAAGCUUUAGUCUCUUCUCUGCAUUACUGUGAAGUUGUCACUGCUCUGACCACUCUUGGAAAUGGUGGCUCUUUUGUUCUGAAGAUGUUUACUUUGUUUGAACAUUGUUCCAUAAACCUGAUGUACCUGCUAAACUGUUCCUUUGACCAAGUCCAUGUUUUCAAACCUGCUACGAGCAAGGCGGGAAACUCAGAAGUCUAUGUGAUAUGUCUUCACUAUAAGGGAAGAGAGGCCAUCCGGCCUCUGUUAUCUAAGAUGGUGCUGAAUUUUGGGACUGAAAUGACCAGGAAAGCCCUCUUUCCCCAUCAUGUGAUUCCUGAAUCUUUUCUUAAAAGACACGAAGAAUGUUGUGCGUUCUUUCAUAAAUACCAGCUAGAGACUAUUUCUGAGAACAUUCGUUUGUUUCAGUGCAUGGGGAAAGGGGAACAAACAAAGCUGAAUAAUUUGAGGGAUUGUGCUGUACAAUAUUUCAUGCAAAAAUUUCAACUGAAGCCUCUUGCCAGAAAUAAUUGGCUAGUAAAAAAGUCAAAUAUUGGUUGUAGUACAAAUACAAAAUGGUUUGGGCAGAGGAACAGAUAUUUUAAAACCUAUAAUGAAAGGAAGAUGCUGGAAACCCUUUCAUGGAAAGAUAAAGUAGCCAAAGGAUACUUUAAUGUUUGGGCUGAAGAGCAUGGUGUAUAUCAUCCUGGGCAAAGUUCUCUUUUAGAAGGGACAGCUUCCAAUCUUGAGUGUCACUUAUGGCAUGUUUUAGAGGGAAAGAAACUGCCAAAGGUAAAGUGUUCUCCCUUCUGCGAUGGUGAAAUUUUAAAGACUCUUAAUGAAGUCAUUGAAAAGUCAUUAGGAGGAGCUUUGAAUUUGGAUUCUAAGUAUAGGCCAAAACAAUAUUAUUGUUCUUGUCAUGUUUUUUCUGAAGAACUGAUAUUUUCUGAGUUGUUUAGCCUUACCAAGUGCCUUCAGGAUGAGCAGGGUGUAGAACCCGGCAACCCAAUAAAGUGCCUCCUUGUGGGUUUGCCGACUCUCCAUGAUACCAAAAUGCAUGUACCAUUGGAAGUUCAACUCCUGGAAUCAGCUGAACUCCUGACUUUUAGCUGUUCAUUGCUUCAUGAUGGAGACCCAACUUACCAGCAUUUAUUUUUAGACUGCCUUCUACGUUCAUUGCAACAGCUUCAUACAGGAGAUGUUAUGAUUUUGCCUGUACUUUCUUGUUUCACAAGAUUUAUGGCUGGUUUGAUCUUUGUUCUCCACAGUUGUUUUAGAUUCAUCACAUUUUCUUGUCCCACAUCCUCUGAGCCCCUGAGGACCUGUGCAGUCCUGAUAUGUGUGGGUUACAAGGACCUUCCAAAUCCAGUUUUCCAGUAUCUGCAGAAUGUGAAUGAACUUUUGAGCGCUUUGCUUAACUCUGACACACCCCAGCAGGUUUUGCAGUUUGUGCCGAUGGAGGUGCUCCUUAAUGGGGCACUACUGGACUUUUUGUGGGAUUUGAAUGCUGCCAUUGCUAAAAGGCAUUUGCAUUUGAUUAUUCAGGGAGAGAGAGAAGAAAUUGUCAGCAGCCUUCAGUUACGAAAUUGAACAUGUCCUUUCUGAGAUUCAGCUUUAUGACUUAUCAUUUAUCCAGUAUUAUUGCAUCCCAUUGGCUCUAUUAACUUAAAACCUUUUAUUUUAGGGAAACGUCAGUGUUUGCAUCAUUCAAAGUCUCAUUAAUUCUGGAAAACCAGCAAUUCUGAUCUCUGUGAUGUAUACAUCCAUAAGCAUAGAAUUUGGCCAUGUGGUGGAAUCUAUGCAGUGAUGGUAUUCAACCUCUGAAUAUGAGAUGCGUGUAUAUGCUUGGGGUCAGUACGCCCAUGCUGACAUAUGCAGCUUAGUUGGUCUUGUUUAUCUGCUUGAGAUUUGGACCUGUGUGCCUUCAUUCAGCUGAGAUAGUUUUUUCCAAGCUCAUUUCCUCUCAGUGGCUAAUGGUGUUCAUUGAUGAAAGGAGGUGAGCCAUUUCUCAACACUGAUUUCCUUUAUUUACUUAGUUUUUUUUUUCUUUUGCAAGUGCAUAUCUUGGCAACACUGAUUUCCUUUAACAUCUAACAUGUCAGUUAUGGAUUUCAGGGAAUUCAUAUUGCCAGAUUCUUGAUAUGUGUCAUUCAUUGCUCUUAGGCCAUUGACCCAAUUUUCUUUUAUGGGUCAAAUAAAAUGAAUGUGCUAUUAUAUGAAUAUUUUACUAACCACAAUCAUCCAACUAAAAGACGACAGCCUUAAACCAAAGAUCAUGUUUAAAACAAUGAAAAAUUGUGUCUAAUACUCUCAUCAUGGAAAGUUUCAUUUAGCAGUGGUGUAGUUUUUAACUUCCAGGAAAUCUGUGAAUGAAAAGUUUUUUUAAAGUUUUAAGCUGGUGUUUGUAGUCUCAUAUUGGAGACAUGAAUGUGAUGAACAUAGUGAAUAUGAACAAAAAAAUCUUAAUAUUUUUGAAGUGAUAGCUCAGCACUUAAAAAUUUUAAUCUUUACUAAUUUCUUUUUUCAGUAUGAAAAUGACACUUUACCAAAAGAUUAGCCAUGAGGUGGUUAUUUUACCAGUUACAUAUGAUUUCUUUUGUAUGUAUUUGAUAGUGUAAUGUAUUUUUCUGGCAAACUAUCAGGCAAUUCUUCAUUAUCUUGAAGUUCCACCAAGUGGAGAAUAUUUGUAUUCUCACAUGUGAAUUUUAGGCAUUUUUGUUAGUUAUAUAAAUAAUAGAUGUAUUCUCUGAUGUAUUUGGUUGAUAAAUAUUAAUCUGAAAAAUUUUCAUGUUCUUUGCUAUUUUGAGUUCCAUUAUAGACUCAUGAAUAAAGUCAUUAGUAGAGAGA